UGGCUAGCGGACUCAGGAACAACAUCACAUAUUACUAAGAUUCGGUCCGCACUGAUGGACUAUGUCCCACUAAAAAGUCAUAGAGUCAGCGGGAUCGCGAAUGAAUCCCUUAAAGCUGGAGGAUGCGGGACAGUCAAACUAGUAAGUAUAAUAAAUAAGCAGCGGGUAACCUGCAAACUUAAAAAUGUCCUACAUGUGCCACGUGCCUCGAAUAAUCUCGUGUCUAUCACACAUUUA